GGAAGCAUUUACGGCAUACAAUGUACAUCUAAAGACAUUAUAUACAACUUUAAAGCAAAGCAACGUACAUUAAAGUCAUGAAAGUAAGGGAGAUUGAAUAGAGAUUAUUUUAAGUUUUUAACAAAGACAUGCAUCAUUCAGAAUGGGUUAGCUAAAAAUUAUUAAAGGCAAUUGAGCACCAACCAAAUACUCCAAAUAGUGCAACGAUAGAUGAUGGGCUCCAUGGCCAUGCCAAAAACUUGAAUUUCUACCCAGAAGCCAAUCCUUCCAGCUUCGAUUGAUAUUGACACCAAAAAGAAAUCAUAAAAGGUAAGGAACUCAAAAGCAGCAGUAGCACCGGUCAUGAAACUACUGCAAGGGUGGAGCAGUUGAGGCUACUAAUCAAGACAAAGAAAGCAGGGUAUUAUCGGAAGCUGUGACGUUCAGAUUACGCUGUCAACAAUUGAGAGGCUUGGACUGCUAUCUAAAGCAGAAGAGCUGGGAGUUCUAUCAGCAGCCACUGACCCCAGAACACCUUCGCGCCUCUUCAGCCUUAACUUAGGAAUGCUAGUCAGGUCCUGUUUGUGUGUAUUUUGUGCCUGAGGAUUACCCUUGGCAGAUUGGUUUCGAGGUGGCGGUAGCUUUUUUUUUUCUCUUGUUGUUGGCUCCGCCAUGAGAUCAAUUUUUUUUGGUUUCAUGCCUGUCCCAAGCCAGGAUAAAGGAGGAGGGUGCUGUGGUAGGCGCGUGACGGCGGACAGUAUUACCUAGUCACAUCACAUGACAUGAAUCGAAAUAUGAAUAUCGCUAUAGCUAGGUCGUUGCCCGUAAGCGACGCGUCAUCCCUCCGCCUGGGGGUGGUGUCAAAUAUGCAAGGGCGCGCUACACUUCAUAGGCCUGGGUGUGGUGAUAAGAAUGUUAAGGUUUCUAGGUCGUCGUCCGGAAGCGGCGCGUCAUCCCAUUGCCCGAGGAUGAUGUCAAAUAUGCAAGGGCAUGGUGGGGUCCGAGACAGGGCUAAGAACAGAAGGUGGAGUGCUAGAUUGCGCUUUGGGACGUGGAAUGUUGGGUCUCUUACAGGCAGAUCUUCCGAGGUAGUCGAAGUUAUGAGGAGGAGGAAUAUCAGCAUUAUGUGUGUGCAAGAAACUAAAUGGGUUGGAGAGAAAGCACGUGAGAUUAAUCCCGGAGGUUUUAAGUUGUGGUAUUCGGGGAGAGAUAAAACCAGGAAUGGGGUAGGCAUUAUUGUGGCACGUGACUAUGUUGAGGAUGUGGUAGAAGUCUUCAGGAAGAACGAUCACAUCAUGAGCAUUAAAUUGGUGAUGAGGGGUGAGAUUGUGUCUGUGGUAAGUGUCUAUGCACCACAAGUGGGAUUGGAUGCAUCUACAACUCAACAGUUCUGGGAAGAUCUUGAAGAUGUGGUGCGACGAGUGCCAAGAGGAGAGAAGUUGGUCAUAGGAGGCGACCUCAACGGGCAUGUGGGCUCGAUUCGUGAUGGCUUUGAGAGUAUUCAUGGAGGACAUGGUUUUGGCACUAGAAAUGAAGCGGGAAAGAACAUUUUGGAUUUUGCCUCGACGUAUGAGUUGCCUAUAAUGAACACUUGGUUUAGGAAAAGAGACUCUCACCUUGUAACCUAUAGAAGUGGAGCUAAUAGUACCCAAAUUGACUACUUCUUAGUACAGACUACUUGGAGAACUAGCUACACCGAUUGUAAGGUUAUCCCAGGUGAGAGUGUUGUCACUCAGCACAGGAUGCUUGUGCUCGACUUUCGAGGUAAGAACCAUAGAAGACAAGUUAAGCAACAAGUGGAGCCAAAGAUAAAGUGGUGGAGGCUUGAGGGGGAUCUUCAACAAAGCUUUACACACAAAAUGUUCAGUGAAGAUGUAUGGCGAAUUGAUAAUGGAACACAUGUGGAGGAUGUGUGGUUAUCGAUGGAUCUGACCAUUAACAAAGUGGCAAAGGAGGUACUUGGGGAAUCUAAAGGAUGUCUGCCACCCAAAAAGGACACGUCUUGAUGGAAUGAUGAGGUGAAACAAGCCAUAAGGAACAAAAGAGAUUGCUACAAAAAGCUGGGGAUAAGUCGGAGUGAUGAGAACAUAGAAACAUACAAGGAGGCUAGAAGACAAGCAAAGAAAGCCGUAAAAGAAGCACAAGGGAAAGUGAACAAGGAGUUGUAUGAAAAAUUGGACUCUAAGGAAGGAGAACAAGACAUCUAUAGACUUGCUCGUCUUCGUGAUCGCAGGACUCAAGAUAUCGGAAAAGUUAAGUGUGUGAAGGAUGUCGAUCAAAGGAUAUUAAUGGAGGACAGAGAGAUAAAAGAGAGGUGGAGAUCAUACUUUGAUACAUUGUUCAACGGGAACAAAGUGCAAGAUAUCGAUGAUUUGACCAUACCAUAUUGUAUGGUAAAUCGUGAUUUUGUGAGAAGGAUCCAACCAACGGAAGUUAAAGAGGCUCUGAGGAAGAUGGGGCGGAAGAAAGCAGUGGGUCCAGAUGGCAUACGGAUCGAGGCUUGGAGAAGUUUGGGAGAGAGAGGCAUCGGGUGGUUAACAAAUUUCUUCAACAAAAUUUGGAGAAACAACAAGAUUCCAACGAGUUGGAGAAAGAGUACUCUUAUUCCCUUAUUUAAGAAUAAAGAUGAUGUACAAGAAUGUGCCAACUAUCGAGGGAUUAAGCUUAUGAGUCAUACCAUGAAACUUUGGGAGCGAGUGAUUGAGCAAAGACUUCGAAGAACGGUGAAGAUUUCAGAGAAUCAAUUCGGUUUUAUGCCUGGUCUGUAACACCGCCCCCAAGUAUUUGUACUUUAUCAAUUCAUGUACUGAACCUUGAUAAAUGAAUAAACUCAUCUUUACGCGAUUGUAAAUUUUUAUCAUUCUUUUACGUGGAUAGUAAAAUCCACGUGGGGC